CUCAAAUGCUCUGACUACUGAUGACUAAGAAAUCCAGGUUUGUGACCAACCUACGUAGCUGGUAACGGAUGAGAUGUUGCUUUUCAUUAAAAAUGUCGGAGUGCCCGUCCGAUUUGACCGAUACCUGUCACAAAAAUUCUGUGCCGUCGUUUCUACGACAUUGGUUUUUCGCCGGUCCAGCAUGGCCUUCUGUUCUCAUGUGCUGUACUGUGUCUUUUAACCUGCUUGUGUGCACAGCAAUGCAUUUGUUGAUGGAUUUAAUUGUUUGCGUGGAUGAUGUCGCUGCGAAUGUCUGUCAGAGUACCUGCAUGAGGUGGCGCCUAUAAAUAAGGAGCACGCCAACACGUAUACACGUGCCGAACACCUGGUCGCAUCUCUCGUCCACUGCACUUCUCACGAUACGCCGUUCAAAUCAGG